AACAGAGCGGCUGGAGUGAUGGCGGAGGGAGAGGAGGAGGUGAACUACGCUUCGGUUGUGUUCAAAGCCGGCAACAAUCCUCCACCUGCGGCAAAAAGAGGGGAGGAAACUGUGUACGGUGAGGUGAAGGCGCAGAACGAAACAAAGAACGAGGACUCAGCAGGACGUCGGCGCUUUCAGCACUUGGCUUGUUGUUUGGGGAUUCUCUGUGUCAUUCUGCUGGGUGGCAUCAUCGGAGUCUGCGUCUACCUUACAUUAAUUCAUGAGAGUGAUCCAAACCGGUUUAAAGAAAACUCAUCUCUUCUGGCAAACAACACAAAACUCAACUUUAGAAAAUGCAAACUUGACGAGGAACAACAAGAAUCUGGAGGACCAGUUGGGCAACCUGACACAAGCUUAUAAUGUCUCAGAGAGCAACAACAAAAACCUGUCUGCAGGAGUCCAGGAGCUGAACUCACGAAACCAGGAGCUGGAGAAAAAGAAUAACAUCCUAACACAGAAAAUACAAGACAUGACAACAAACUGGAAUGAGCUCAACAUCAGUCGAGCUCAGUGGAGCAUCGAUUCCUACUGCUUAGGAAACACCGAUGAUAAGUGUAAACCUUGUCAGAAGGGCUGGUCACUCACUGAGCCCAGCUGCUAUGCGUAUAUUAACGCUCAGUAUCCUCAUCAAAAAACCUGGGAAGAAGCUCAAGAAGACUGCAGAGGAAGGAAUUCAGAUCUGGCUGUUGCACAUGAUUCAGAGGAAAAGGAAGCAAUCAAUACUAACAGCUUUGGAUCUAAUGGAUUCUGGAUUGGUCUGAGAGUUGUAAAUAAGAAAUGGAAGUGGGUGGAUGGAAGUGAUCUGACUGAAAGCUCCUGGAUAGUUCCUCCUGUUGACGGUGGCUGUGCAUUGUUUUACAAGGGCAGAGACAAAUGGUCAUCAGUGAGCUGUGGUGCAACACAUGAAUGGAUCUGCCAGCAGAAGGCUCUCUCUGUUUAAACAAAGCAGUCAUACUAAGAAAAAAUAUAAAAACAUAUACAUGUAUUUUUUUAUAUAAAAAUAAAACAGGUUAAAAAACAGUAAUUCCAGAAACGUUUCUCAAACUCGAUAAAAACAAUAAAACACAAAAGUUAACUCAUAAUGUGGAUUAUUUUAAAAUCGAUGUACUUUCAGUUUGACUUAAUUUCUAUGGAGCUUGCUAAAUUAAUGCAAAUAUGUAUUUCUUUAACAUGUGAUGGUGUUUUUAUUAGAUAUGGAUGGUUAAAAUAGUUAAACUGUUUAGUGUGAAUAAUGUUAUUCUAUUGUGUUAGAGAUGCAACGCUUCAACUCUGCAGAUUAUUGCAAAGACUAUGGACCAUUUUAUUGUAUUGCUUCUACCGGCCAGCAGAGGGCGCUGCAUCACUUGAUCUCAAUACAAAGUUCCAGAGUCUGUUGAAUAACUGUUUCAAGAUUCAAAGGUUUAUCGUCAUGACAUUUAGAAACUACGGUGUAAUUAUGUAAUGUAUAAAAACAUGUGAUCUCAGGUUCCUUAACAGUGCAAUUAACAAGACAUAAGAAAUACAUAUAAAAAACAACAAUACAAAUAGAAAUAGUGCAAGCUCAGGUGUUUAAUAGUCUGAUGGCCAGUGGGAUGAAACUGUCCCUGAUGCUAUUCUGAUGACGCACAGUUUAUGGAUGAUUUGUAUCUAUCUGUAUUUGUGUCUAUGAGCAAUGUCUUGUUUCACUCUGUUGUCACCAGUGAAUAAAUGUGCUGCCACACA